UCAAUCAUUAAAACCUAAGGUUAGCAAGUAUGUACAAAAUUCUCAGAUUGCUCAUUUUCCUUUUGCAGAUAUCUCAUGAUUUAAGAUACUUCCAGAUUCAGGUAUGUGAUAGUUGAUAGAUUUUUAGAAUGUGUUUUGACUCGAAACCAGAAACAAAACAAACAUGACCAUGGGUCUAUGUGUCUCCAAUGCGUCUUUACCAAAUAUACUGUCACAUGAUGAGUUUCUAAUUGUCAUAAUUCUUCUCAUAUAGAAUGUACUGUUUUUUAGUUUAUUAGUUUGAUUUCACCAAUAAUGGCUUUGAUGGGUUUAAUAGAGGAAGUGCAUUUGAGUUAUUGAUGAUGUAAUUCCAUAAGCAUGCUUUUGGACCGAUCAUGCCAAUAAUGAAGUUCAGCUCUGAUGAGGAGGCUAUCAUGCUUGCAAAUGACUCAAAAUAUGGGCUUGGAUGUGAUGUUUUUUCUAGCAGUCAACGUCGUGCCAAAGCGAUAGCCUCACAGAUACAUUGUGGAGUUGCCGCUAUUGAUGACUUUGAGUCCACAUACAUGUGUCAGGCAUGGCAAAAGAAGCUGCAGAUGCUGCAUCACAGACUAAAGACGGCGAGUUGCUGGGCCUCCUCGGAAACACUUUACAACAGAAUUCGGCAGCUUCAUCCAUUUUUUAUACUCUCAGAGAUUGACCAUCCUUCCCGAGCGUUUCUUAGUGUUCCUAUGGGCUGCUAUUUCCUUUAUCGUGGGUGAUCAAAUCGUUGAUAUAACAAUUAGAAAUGAAUAUAUGUUGGUAAAUUACUAGCUCAGUUGUAUGAUGAACACAAUAUGAGGUUAGAAAUUAAACUGGUGAAAUGAGUUUAGAAGAUAAUAACAUUAUAAUCACACAGUCAUAUGUUAUCACCUCUGUACAUUCUUUAUUGU